AUGAAGAAUAAAAUUGUAUUAUUAACUAUCAUCCAUCUUUUCGCAUUAGUCUCAGCGAUUCCCGCAGCAGGUGAUGAAGAAAAAGGAUGUCAAGAACUGAAUAUAUUCGAUAUUCCUAUGGUAACUUGCUCAUCAAAAGGUAUAACCGUAAAUUUUGAACAAAAGGGGAUAUUAGAAACAGAACUUGUCGUCAAAGACUACCUCGGGGACCCUAAGUGUGGAAAAAAUUAUACCGAAGGUGAAAACACAGGCUCUUUUUUCGUAGAAUACGGUACUUGUGGCGUAGAAAUGACAAACAAAACAGCUGAAUUCACUUUGAUGGUGCUGCGACCCCCAAGACAAAUUCGUAAAUCAGCCCAAACUCGUCUUAUAAAAUGUAAGUACCCGACAAAAGAAGGUGUGGCGAAUAAGUCGUUCAAAGUCGGAGAUCUUAGAACAGUGACAGACCUUCCAUCAACAAUCUUUUCCGAUGAAGACCCAACUCAUGAGUUAACAAUUGUCGAUCUUGAUAAUAAGCGUGUAGAUAAAGCUGAACCGGGAGAUCCACUAAUUGGCAAACUUCGUGUUUCACCUAAAUCUUACGUUGCCUCCAUUAAAAAUUGUUACCUCGCGCCGGACCGGGAAGAAAAUUCUGAAAAAUACCAAAUCAUUGAUGAAAAAGGUUGCCCGGCAGAUCCAGACGUCGGCGGAUGGCAUUGGAACUUAACAACACACUCCGUUCAGCUUCCUUUCAAGGCUUUCAGGUUAUUAGAUUGGAACGAAAAUCAUAUCUUCUGUGAAGUUCAUUACUGCAUCAAAAAAAGCGAUUGUGCACCUCCAAGUGAUUGUCCGAAUAUACCCAAGCCGUGCAGAGGACCAAAACCGUAA